GAGUAAGCAGUGGCCGUCUUGGAACGGAUUUUUAUUUUCUUCGACAUUUCUUCUCGGUCUCUCGGUGAUUUUAUUCUUUCUGUGGCCUGACAACCAUCGCCUUCGCUCGCGUUCUUUGCCGUACCCCACUGACUGGCGGUCGGGGCGAUAGUCGCAAUCGCAUUACCACAGCUCUUCGGUUUUGAGCGAGUUCACAGGACACAACAACCGCCCGGCCAGGAUGCUGCUAUACUUGCGGAGCUUGCGGAACACGUGUGUGCGUUCGGAGUGCCGGUGCCGGGUGGGAGUGGGUUGAAGUUCGUCGGUUGUUUAUUUUUUUCUUCCUCGCGUACUCUCUCUCGCGCUCGUCGCUACCGUCCUCCCGUUUCCGUUGAAUUUUUAUUCCACCCAUUCCCGCCGCGCUGCUGGUGGAGAACCACGAUACAACCACACACCAGACCACCACAUCUCGAUAUUCCAACGAAAACGGCGCCAGGAGAGGCCACAAGGCUUUGGUUGCGUGUUUCGGUAUCUCACUCAUCAUCAUCAUCGUCGGCGCACAGUUACCGCGAUCGUACACCGCAACGGUGGCAGCCAGUUAACCGAGCAAGCCCGCGAACCGCCGUCGCAAGGCUGGACAUCUUGCAAACUUUUACCGUGGACGCGUUCGAAUUGGUUGGACAUUUUCCGUCGCUGGGCGCGUGGUUUAGUGUUCGAUCAUUUUCGUUGUCGUUCGUGUUUUCGAGGAUUGUUAAAGUGUUAAAAAAACGUUAGUGACCGUUGUUCGAAGUCGGUGGAUUAUUGUGAAAUACAGUCAUUGGUAGUGAAAAUAAGUGCAAAUAUUGAACCACGUUAUGUAGGAAGUGCUUCAGAUUAUUCAGUUCCAGCUCGUAAAGUGUUUCCCAGCUGAACAUGUACUAAAGCAGUUAGAUUGGUGAACGCAUGUGUGAAUCCAGUGAGGUGUCGAUUUGGUGAGUGAAGUGAGACACCUUAAACUCGCAACAAAAUGCAUCUUGCCGCUUCGGAGGUUAGCUCCACAACGAAUCCCACCACGAUGGAACUGAACGGUGGUGGUAGUGUGCCUGGUGCACACGACGGUGCUACAAACGUGAGCGGCACCCCCGACGGGAACGGUGGAAACGGUAAACACCAACAGCUAACGGCCGAAACGUUGGCCGAACGUACCAUUGACGGUCUGCUGGCGGAUCAUCCCGGGGAACUGGUGCGCACAGGAUCACCACAUGUGGUUUGCACCGUACUGCCGCAGCACUGGCGUUCGAACAAAACCUUACCGAUGGCCUUCAAAGUGGUUGCGCUGGGUGACGUCGGCGACGGUACGAUGGUCACGGUGAUGGCCGGCAACGAUGAUAAUUUCUGCGGGGAGCUGCGCAAUAGUACGGCCAUCAUGAAGAACCAGGUGGCCAAGUUCAACGAUUUGCGCUUCGUCGGUCGUAGUGGCAGGGGUAAGUGCAAAAGUUUCACCCUGACGAUUGUGAUUUCUACGGUGCCGAUCCAGAUUGCGACCUACACGAAGGCGAUCAAAGUGACGGUGGAUGGACCACGGGAGCCACGAUCGAAAAUUCGACACCAGGGCUUCCAUCCGUUCGCGUUCGGUCCCCAACGGUUCGGACCGGAUCCGUUGAUGGGGACGCUUCCGUUCAAGCUACCCGGGUUUCCCCAUCAAUUAGGCGGCAUGGCGGGUCAUUUACACAUGGCCAACGAUUGGCGGCAGCUCAACGGUCGGAGUGCGGCGGGAUUUCCAGGUUCGCAUUUUUUCCACCACCACGCUGCGGCGGCAGCGGCAGCCGCUAACCCAGCCCAUUUCGCACCGCACAUGUUGGCCGCCAUCGAUCGGAUCGAGCAGCACCAGCAGCAGCAGCAGCAGCAGCAACAUCAGCACAGGCAGCAGCAGCAGCAUCAUCCACACCCGACGGCAGCGACUACGAUGGGAAUGCUUUCGGCGGUGGCGGCGGCGGCAUCCUCCUCGGCGGCAACUACCGUCGGCAUCUUCAGCAAUGGUACCGGCGGCAGUAACAACGGCGGGGACUCCACGAUAAACUCGCCCCGGAUUAGCGAUUCUAAUGAUGUUCACCUGUCACUCACCAGCUGUAACCCCCACAGUACGACCAGUCCGAAAAGCUCACCAAUUCCCUCCAGCGAUAUCCAUCGUACGGUUUCGUCCAACGCGGAAGAUGGGAAACCCUCGGCAGAAGGCGACUACGACACGGAUGACGAUAAUGAUCAAAUCAGCGUCACCGGUUCCGAUCUCGGUAGCAAUAACGGUCAGAACGAAAACGAUCGACGAAGUCCACUGAUGGGUGGUGCUUUCACGUCACUUAUACAGAAGAACCACGCCAAAAUGAAAAGCGGCCUCGAAUUGCUGCAGAAUGGAACCUUUACCGGUGGGUCCUAUCCGGCUCAGGUCCAGCAGCCACAUCCGUUGAAUCACGCAUUGGCAGCGCAACUGUUCUUCCAGAAUCCUUUGAUACCUCAGCCGAACCAUUGGCUGUACAAUCAAUUGUACGGGAACUACCAGGAACUUCCGUGGUUUCGGCAAUCACUUUUCGCUGGUACUAACAAAAAUACGUCGAGCAGCGAUAUCAAGGACAGUCUGGAUUCUCCAAAAGGGAACGAUACUGCCGGGACUAAGCGAUGCAUCACGGUUGUUUCCAGUAAUGGUGAAGAGGAAGAGGAUAGUCCCCCACGAAAAAUGAAUAUUGCUGAAGAGGAGGAGGAGGACCGAAGGAAAAAUUCACCAUCCGUAACGUCGACGAAAAGAUCACCUAGUCCGGAGGUUAUAUCGCCGGUACCCUGCGAUGAUACUUUAUCCGGUUUGACAAUCUUGGAGCGGUCCCCGAAAUUAAGACGGAGUGCAUCUCUCUCCGAAAAACCCAGUAGAGGACAGCAGGUUAAACAGGGCGAUGUUUGGCGUCCCUAUUAAAAGUCGUUUACAAGUCGAUACAGUCUAUUCAAACCACUCUAGUGGUUAUUCAGGUUCAGACUAAAUUGUUGUUGAUCAAAAAAUACAAUGCCCUCCUGACGGUUACCCAGUUGCGAAAUUCGGCGAAUAGUGUAAAAACAAAUAGUGAAACACAUAUCCCUUGUAAUGUAUUGGAUAACAGUACUUGUAUAGAAUUAGCUCUAAAUAUAUGUAUAGCAAUGUUAUUAGAUGAUCCCUCUCAACUGAUACAGGUAGAAUGUAAAAUCCCAAAAACCGACUCAAAUAUUACCUAAGCCCGAAAGAAUAAAAUCAAACUUCAUUAA